UGGUUACACUUGUAUGGCGCCUUCGGAUUUCUAAGGGGAGGAGUUACGGCGCGGGAAUUUGGUGUUGCGAAGUCAGUGGGAUGUCGAGCAGUACCUUUUUCAGGCCCAGGCCGCGCGCACAGCAUGUCUUUUGUCGAGUGGGCCUAUAAGUUAAGUAGAGUAUGGUCCUCGACUCACAGGGUGGGGAACAUAGCGGGCUUUCUCAAGUGGAGAAAGCCAGCGCGAUGUUGGCACAAAUGUGAGUGCGGAAAUCUAAGGGUGUUGUAGUUCUUCGUAUGAAUUACCAGAUUAUAGUGGGGAAGCUGCGGACUCGGAGGCAUAUCCAGUGCCAGAAGAUUUGGAUUAUAUCGGGACGCGUGAAGAAGGUGAGCCUGUAAGUUCUGAUGCGGCUGCAAAGAGUUGAGGAGACCCUAAAAGAGUGAAACGUCGUUUGCAAGGAAUGAAAUAAUUACUUUUGGCAUAUUCUUUUUCCCCGUAUGUAGAAGAAACAUAAGAGGUUCUUACUUGUGGAACAUGGAUUGCUUUGAUUUCAAGGUUGUUGUUACUUUUAAGUUAACAUAAUAAUAAUAAUCGAUUAUUUUCAUUUCAUAGUAUACCAACCAAUGUGUUUGUCCUGGUCAUUUUCCUCUGUGGUAGAACAAUCAUAUGGCGAUUAAAGAAGGAAGAAGGUGACUGAAGAGAGAAUGACGGAAGAAAGGAAUUUAGUUGGAUCUGGUUGAUUUGUAUUGUUCUGAAUGUGAAG